GCACUGGACCGGUUUAAAGUGCCGGCAGACCUGCAGCAGCUUUUGAUUAGCGAGGACCUCAUUUUGGAUGAUGUGCCAUCCAGGGAGCUCCCCGCCCAACUUGGGAUAGCUCAGCUGACGCAGAUCCUGACCCUGCAAGCGGUCGCCAUUGCCCUUUGUAAAGGGGCCCACUUGCAUGUGCUCAAAAGCUAUGUCGCCAAGUUUGUCAGACUCGCGACCCACCGCUAUGAGCCUGACUCCAACUUGAGGUCUCCUAACACAGCAGAAAUGCAAGCCGCGGAUCAUGAGAUUUGGAACAAGAUUGCAGACCUUUACAAUCUCAGGUCUUGGACCCUCGACGACGCCAUCUACGAACUCACAGAAGUCAGAGGCGACAUUGAGGCCCUUUUGCAGCCUCGCCCUCAGCAGAAGCAAGUUUCAAUGAGCGUUGCCCCCAAAGGAAAGGGUAAGGGGACCAAGGGCAAAAGCAAGGGCAA